CAGACUCGGGGCUGGACACACGCACUCACACAAAAGAGGCCGGAAAGUGUCCAGAGGAAGCCAGCGCGUCACGGGGGAUGGAGCCGGGUCCCGGCCGCCCCCGCCCAGCCUUGUCCCGGUCCAAGGCCCCGCACACCCAGACGCGCUCAUCGCCACCACCACCGUCGCGGCUGCCACCAAUGAAACUCCUCCCGCUCUUAGUGGGUUUUUCCACUUUGCUGGAUUGUACCUAUACUCAAAAUUGCACCAAAACACCUUGUCUCCCAAAUGCCAAAUGUGAAAUACGGAAUGGAGCUGAAGCCUGCUAUUGCAACAUGGGAUUUUCAGGAAAUGGUAUCACAAUUUGUGAAGAUGAUAAUGAGUGUGAAAAUUCAACCCAGCCCUGUGGUGAGAAUGCUAACUGCACCAACACAGAAGGAAGUUACUACUGUAUGUGUGCACCUGGUUUUAGAUCCAGCAGUAACCAAGACAGGUUUAUAACUAAUGAUGGAACCAUCUGUGUAGAUAUAGAUGAGUGCAGCGAAUCAAUUACUUGUGGUGAUCAUGCGGUGUGUGAAAACACGGAUGGCGGGUAUAACUGCUCCUGUCAGGAAGGUUAUCAGACAUCCACAGGAAAAGUACAGUUCAAACCUAAUGAUGGCACAUACUGUCAAGAAAAUUUAAAUGCAGACUGUCAUUUAGAUGAUGCCUGUAUUGCCACAAAUAUUAAUAAAACUUUAACAAAAAUUAGACCCAUAAGAGAACCUGUGGCUUUGCUGCAAGAAGUCUAUAGAAGUUCCGUGAAAGAUCUUUCACCAACGGAUAUAAUUACAUAUAUAGAAAUAUUAGCUGUAUCGUCCCCGUUAUUCGAUAACAUAAAUAGCACCACCUAUACAACCAAAGACACACUAUCUAAUUCAACUCUUACUGAAUUUGUAAAAACUGUGAAUAAUUUUGUCCAAAAAGACACAUUUAUCGUUUGGGACAAGUUAUCUGUGAAUAGUAGGAGAACUCAUCUUACGAAACUGAUGCACACUGCUGAAGAAGCCACGUUAAGGAUAUCUCAGAACCUCCAAAAGACCACUCAAUUAGAUACUAACUCAAGUGAUGUAGCUCUCAAAGUUUUCUUUUUUGAUUCACAUCAUUUGAAACAUAUUCAUCCCCACAUGAACAUGGAUGGAGAUUCUAUAAAGAUAUUUCCAAAGAGAAGCACUGCCUAUGAUUCAGAUGGCAAUGCCGCAGUUGCAUUUUUAUAUUAUAAGAGUAUUGGUCCCUUGCUUUCAUCAUCUGAGAACUUGGAACCUCAGAGUUAUGAUCAUUCUGAAGAGGAGGAAAGAGUCAUCUCUUCAGUAAUUUCUGUCUCAAUUAGUUCAAACCCACCCACAUUGUAUGAACUUGAAAAAAUAGCAUUUACAUUAAGUCACAUAAAGAUCACAGAUAAGCAAAGGAGUCAAUGUGCAUUUUGGAACUACUCUCUGGACACCAUGAACGGCAGCUGGUCUCUGGAGGGCUGUGAGCUGACAUUCUCCAACGAGACCCACACCUCCUGCCAAUGUAAUCACCUGACACAUUUUGCAAUUUUGAUGUCUUCCGGUUCUUCCAUAGGUAUUAAAGAUUAUAAUAUUCUUACAAGGAUCACUCAACUAGGAAUAAUUAUUUCACUGAUUUGCCUUGCCAUAUGCAUUUUUACCUUCUGGUUCUUCAGUGAAAUUCAAAGUACCAGGACUACAAUUCACAAAAAUCUCUGCUGUAGCCUAUUCCUUGCUGAAAUUGUUUUCCUCAUUGGGAUCAAUACAAAUACUAAUAAGCUCUUCUGUUCCAUCAUUGCUGGGCUGCUUCAUUAUUUCUUUUUAGCUGCCUUUGCAUGGAUGUGCAUUGAAGGCAUACAUCUCUAUCUCAUUGUUGUAGGAGUCAUCUACAACAAGGGAUUUUUGCACAAGAAUUUUUAUAUAUUUGGCUACCUAAGCCCAGCUGUGGUCGUUGGAUUUUCAGCAGCAUUAGGAUACAGAUAUUAUGGCACCACCAAAGUAUGUUGGCUCAGUACAGAAAACAACUUUAUUUGGAGUUUUAUAGGACCAGCAUGUCUAAUCAUUCUUGUAAAUCUCUUGGCUUUUGGAGUUAUCAUAUACAAAGUUUUUCGUCACACUGCAGGGUUGAAACCAGAAGUUAGUUGCUAUGAAAACAUAAGGUCUUGCGCAAGAGGAGCCCUUGCCCUUCUGUUCCUUCUCGGCACCACCUGGAUCUUUGGAGUCCUCCAUGUUGUACAUGCAUCAGUGGUGACAGCCUACCUCUUCACAGUCAGCAAUGCCUUCCAGGGGAUGUUCAUUUUCUUAUUCCUGUGUGUUUUAUCGAGAAAGAUCCAAGAAGAAUAUUACCGAUUGUUCAAAAAUGUCCCUUGUUGUUUUGGAUGUUUAAGGUAAACAUAGAGAAUGAUGCAUAAUUAUGGCUACACAGAAAGAUGAGUCAAGCUAUGGAUGACCAAUGUAUAAAAAUGUCUCCAAAAAAUAUAAAAAUUUUAAUUGCUAGAUAAUCAAAUAUUUUAAGUCAGUUUUUCUGUUUAUAGUGUAGGAAUUGUAGAUAACAAGAGGUAAAAUUAUAUACCAUAUACCAUAUAGCUGUCGUAUAUAAUGACAUAUCAUAGUUAUGUCAAAUAGUCAAAAUAGUUUUGUAGAUAUUUGGAAAGUAAUUGGUUUCCCAGGAAUGAUCUCACUAUGCCCAAGGAAAGAUUUUCUUUCCACACUAGAAAUAUAUGACUGUCCUGAAGGAAAUCACUAGCUUGAUAUUUUUGUGACUCGUGUUGCCUUUGAAACUUUAGUCUCCCAUCACCUUGGUAAUGAUCUCUGUUAUAGAAAAUGGAACAUAAGAGAAUGAGGGGGCAGAAUAUAAAACAGUAAAAGAAAGAAUGACUGUUACAACGAGAUGUAUUUUUAAUAAAAUUGUGGGGUUUUUUCGUAAACUACAUAAAAAGUUGUGGAGAUAAAGAAUUGAAUACACACCUCUUACCAUUUUGUGAAUUUUUCUGACGUUUCCACCAAAGCAACUUAAACCUCUAUUAUGCUAUAUCCAUUUUCUUUUCUAAUAUUCUAAAAAAUCUAAAACCUCCAAAGAUGAAAAAAUAAACACUGCUGUUUUUAGUUAACAUGAGAAUGAGAUUUGUGCUAUUUCUAUACUUAUUUUAUAUACUAUGACUUCAAAUGUUUAAUAAGUGAAACGUAAAUGUGUCAAAAUAUAUUAUUCAUGCCUCAAAAUGUAAAGAUAAUGUAUAUAAAGGUGAACAUUCUGUUCUACAACCUUUGAUUGCAGUGAAAAUUAUCCUAUCUCAUUAGACUAGUAUAUUUGAAUUGUUUAUUUUUUAAUUUUAGAAAUAUUAUAGUUCAAAUUGCAAUAUCCCUUUUAAUUUACUACUUUUAAAAGGGCAUUGUAAAUAUGAAAGUAUUCAUAAAGUGAAUUGCUAUUUUUUUCUGUUCAGAAAAGUACACAUUUAAAAAUGUUAUUUAUGACAAAAAAAUCACUGAAAACUGUAGAAUUUUUCACAAUGGAUCUAUUUUCUACUAUCUAUUAAAGCAUAACUGCUUAAAUGUGGGGCUUCUAUCUUAAAAUCUUCUUAUUAAAAUAUAGAAGCAGUGAUUUUAUUUCAAAAAUAUGUAAUUGUUCCAUACCUACCUGUAAAAGUGUGCCAAUACACUAAAUGUUGUGAUUUUGAAUUAAUUUCUCCAGAUGUUAAAAUGAAGUCCAUGCAAAUCUUGCUCUAACAAAUAAAAUGUUAUCCAAAUAAA